AUGAACAUGGAGACCCCACCACCGGCAACAACUCCGCGACCACAACUCUGGCCGCUCCGCCCCUCACAUACCAAACUCACAUCCCGCCUCAAUUCCUACAUGGCCACCACCAGAAUCGGGAAAAGGUUCAAACUCACGGAACGCAACACCACCUUCACCACAGAGCUCCGAGCUGGAACCGCCACCUUCCUCACCAUGGCCUACAUCCUUGUGGUAAACGCCAGCAUCAUCACCGAUUCUGGUGGCACAUGUAGCGUAAAGAACUGCACCUCCGCCAUCCCCAUCUGCUUAGACCCACCCAAUUGCACCCUCAUGCUCCCUCCGGAUUCUUGCAAGUUGCCUCCAGUGGACCCUGGUUACACCGACUGCCUCUUGAGAACCCGAAAAGAUCUCAUCGUCGCCACCACUGCCGCCUCCCUCAUCGCGUGUUUGUCAAUGGGAUUAUUUGCUAACCUUCCCUUCGCACUCGCUCCUGGAAUGGGGACUAACGCUUACUUCACUUACACGGUGGUAGGGUUUCAUGGAUCCGGAAGCUUAUCCUACCAAACUGCCUUGGCUGCUGUUUUUAUCGAAGGUUUUAUCUUUUUGAUCAUUUCCACGAUCGGUGUUCGAGCCAAACUGGCGAAACUAGUACCUAAAUCGGUCCAAGUCUCAUCAUCAGUCGGAAUAGGGUUGUUCCUAGCUUUCAUUGGACUACAGCACAACCAGGGUAUUGGGUUAAUAGGGUAUAGCCCAUCAACCCUAGUAACACUAGGUGGAUGCCCAAGAACUUCUCGGGCCGCCCUAGCACCUGUAUUCACUAAUGGAACGAUAGUCUUGAUGCCUAAUGUUACAGCAUCAGGCGAUAUACUAUGCAUGCACAAUCGAAUGGAAGACCCUACAUUAUGGCUAGGUAUUAUUGGGUUCGUGAUAAUCGCAUACUGUCUAGUAAAAAACGUCAAGGGCGCCAUGAUUUACGGCAUAAUAUUCGUGACUGUGGUUUCAUGGUUUAGACACACGAGUGUGACUGAGUUUCCAGAUACCGAUUUAGGUAACUCGGCAUACGAGUACUUCAGAAAGAUUAUCGAUGUCCAUGCGUUAGAGACAACAGCAGGUGCCAUAAGCUUCAAGGGUAUGAACACAAAGGCAUUUUGGGAAGCAUUGGUCACAUUUUUGUACAUCGACAUACUUGAUGCCACAGGUACGUUAUCUUCAAUGGCUAGAUUCGCAGGCAUGAUGGACUCCAACGGAGAUUUUGAGGGUCAAUAUUUUGCGUUCAUGUCGGAUGCAGCCUCGAUCAUGAUUGGAUCACUGUUAGGGACAUCACCGGUGACGACAUUUAUGGAGUCAUCAACGGGGAUCAAAGAGGGUGGGAGGACGGGGUUGACAGCGAUAACGGUGGCGGGAUACUUCUUUUUGGCUUUUUUCUUUACACCGUUGUUGGCAUCGAUACCACCGUGGGCGGUGGGGCCACCUUUGAUAUUGGUGGGAGUUUUGAUGAUGAAAGCCGUGACCGAGAUUCAAUGGGAUGAUAUGAAACAAGCAAUUCCAGCAUUUAUGACUAUGAUUUUGAUACCAUUGACAUAUUCUGUGGCAUAUGGGAUGAUUGGCGGCAUUGGUGCAUAUAUUAUCUUGAAUUUGUCGGAUUUGGUGAUGUUUUUAAUGAAGAAAUAUGGGAUUAAGGAUAAGAUCAGAAGUAAAAGUUCGAUUAUUAGCCAAGGAUCAAAUGUUGGAGGUAGUACCAAUACAAGUAUGGCGACAGAAAAAUAUGUCAACUAUAGAAUCGAAGAUACUGUAUAA